AUGUCCAUACGUGCUCGCCCAAUUUUGCCCAACUUCUUUUGGCCUGGCGAUUAUUCACAAGCUGGCCCAGCCAAUUGGUCGAGAAACAACUCGUACCCAGCUCAGUGGCACGCCGAAGCCACCGAGAAACCCGCUGUCCAAGAAGAGACUGGUAUCCCCGAAGAAGCAUGGGUUCGCCACCUCCGAGGCGUCUUCGUCAACUUCGGUCCCGGAGCUACCGUUGCAUACGUUGCCAUGCCCUGGGAUUCCUCAGCUGUCCGACUCUCCCGCUUGCCAAAAGGUUCCCUUGGAUCUAAUAUUGCAGGAAUAUUUCACCAGCUCGGUUUUCAAGUUCUGGAGGCGAAUAUCAACCCCUUGCCCAGCGGCAGCCAAGGCGACGUGGCAGAUAUUACCAUGGAUGACCCGGCUUUUGCUCAGCAGGUUGUUGAUAUCAUGGCAGAAGACGAGACGUGCGAAUUGAACGCAGAGCGCGUGGUCCCGUACCAUAAUAGGGCGGCACGGUUUGAUGCUAUCACCAGAAACAAGGUUAGUUGCUCGUGGCACAAGCCAAUUCGCAGCAUCACGAUCAACUAUGCCUCUGAAGAUACGGCAUGGAAAGUCUACAAUGGCUUUGCGCGCGGAGACUAUCGGAUUUUUCAAAGCCGGGUCCGACCAACCCGCCCCAAACCCUUCUCGCAGCCCAGUGAUGGGCUGGCCGAUUCCAUGUGGGAACUGAAAAUUGACAAUGUGCCUGCAUCCGCCAGCCGAAGGGACAUUUCAGAAGAAAUCGACGUGAGGUGCCGACCUGCAAAUGAACACGAUAUCAAUUUGAGCUCGCUGUCUUACAACAGUCCUUUGGAAGCGUCAGUGGACCAGAUUGUCAAGAAGCUGUCACUGAUCGGGCCGCUGGAUCCUACUGUCACCACCGCAAGCGAUACCUUUAGUCGCCGAUCCAAGCUGACUGUUCGGUUUGUGGACGUGGAUCAUGCCACAGAAGCCGUCAAGAAGCUCGAUAAUACACCUCUCCCCUUUUUCCCUCAGGGCAAGCUUACUGUGCAACAGGUCUCAACCAUUCGCACCCAGAUCUCGGAGCGGGUCUACGAGGCAGCAUCGCAGGACAUAGAAGCCCUCUAUGGUUCUUGGAAAAAGGAUUUUGUUUAUACUACCAUCUCGCCCCCGCGCAAGGGCAGCAACUUUUGCAGAGUCAAGUUUGAAGGCCAGCUCCACGACAAGGUAGUGAGCGCCCACGCGGAAUUUGCAAGCAUCGUCGCGGGCGAGUUGCUCACCGAGGACGGCGGGGCUCUGUGGGCAGCGUCCAUCGCCACCAAUGCCUGGGCGUAUAACGAACUGCGCAGCCUGGAGAAGAAACAUGGGAUCCUGAUCCUGAUCGACAAACAGCAGCGCACUCUGCGCAUGCUCGGUCCCCGUGAAAUGUUCGGUACCGCACGGGCUGAUAUUGCCAAGGUGUGCAGUCAGGAUCCGCGCCUCGAAUUUUCCAUCGGUAUGGAUCCAGCAGAUGCUGAUGCGGUCCCUUGGCUCCUAGGAGGUGGCUACCAGCACAUUCGCAAUGUAGUCGGCGAGGACAAGGUUGCACUAGAUGUUGCUUCGCAGCCGCGGCGCCUGAUCGUCAGCGGCAGCGAUGUAGACCUCCAGGUCGCGCAGAUGCUUUGGAGCACCCGCUCCAAGCAGCAGCAGCAACAGCAACAUCCAGGGGUGGGCGUCGACCCGGAAAUUUGCACGCUCUGCGGGCACAUGGCCGAGGACUCCGUCUACACGCGAUGCCGGCAUCUCUACUGUGUCACCUGCUUUGAAGCCAUGUGCCUCUCGUGCGCAGGCACGCCCGCGCGUACACCAGCUGUCCGCUGCUACGGUAAUGGCGGCAAGUGCAAGGAGCUACUAACCCUUGCCGCCAUUCAGGAAAAUGUAUCGUCGUCGGCGUUGGAGCGCAUCUUUGAGCGCAUGUUUACGACGUAUCUCAGCUCCAACUCAGAUUGCUACCGCCACUGUCCCGGGAGCACCUGCGAGCAAGUUUACCGCGUUAAGCCGCUGGCCGAAGGGGCCAAGCCCGCGACCGAGUUUGAGUUCAACUGCCCCAAGUGCUUGGUAGCCAUCUGCUCUCGCUGCCACGUGUCACACGAUACAUUACACUGCCCCUUUGUAGAAACAGAAGAGGGUGAAGAUUCAUGGUAG